AUGGUCAACUCCUGCUGUGGAUCCGUCUGCUCCGCCCUGAGCUGCGGAGGAGACUGCUGCCAAGAGACCUGUUGUGAGCCCGGCUGCUGCAGCAGCCCUUGCUGCCCCCCGACCUGCUGCCAGACCACUUGCUGCAGGACCACCUGCUGCCGCCCAACCUGCUGCAGGCCCACUUGCUGCCAGUCGGUCUGCUGCCAGCCCACUUGCUGCCGCCCAGUCUGCUGUGUGUCCAGCUGCUGCAGGCCCUGCUGCCCCCGACCUUGCUGCGUGUCCACCUGCUGCAGGCCCUGCUGCCCCCGACCAUGCUGUGUGUCCAGCUGCUGCAGGCCCUGCUGCCCCCGACCUUGCUGCGUGCCCAGCUGCUGCAGGCCCUGCUGUCCCAGGCCCUGCUGCCCCCGACCCUGCUGUGUGACUAGUUGCUGCCAGCCCUGCUGCCGCCCAACCUGCUGCCAAACCACUUGCUGCCGGACGACUUGCUGCCGCCCGACCUGCUGUGUGCCCACCUGCUGCCAGCCUUGCUGCCGCCCAGCUUGUUGCCAAACCACUUGCUGCAGAACCACUUGCUGCCGCCCUACUUGUGGGGCAUCAUCUUGCUGCUGA